AUGACAACCAUGCUGUACCCUGAAAUUUUAAAUACCGUCCCGCAGGAUGACAGGAGCUGUCGCAGCGAUGAUUCCGGUGGCGAAGUCUUUAGGAACAUCCCGAAGAACAGUAGCAUCUUCCGAGUCUGGAGGAUAGAGGGUCUACGCGCGACGGUCGUAAGCAGCAACAACAUGGGCCUCUUCCUCUCCGAGUCAGCGUACAUUGUCUAUGCCGUGUCCCCAAAGGACGGUGCACUUCCUUAUCCGGGCAUGCCGAUCAAGGAACUGAAAGAUACCUCGGUGGUGCGCGCCAUCCAUUUCUGGAUUGGCGCUAAUUGCGACUCGACGGUGUCCGGCGCCGCGGCGCUCCGCGCCGCCGAGCUCGAUUCGCAGACGUCGGCGAUGAUCCUAACGCGCGAGGCGCAGGGCCGCGAGAGCCCGCGGUUUCUCGCCUACUUCCGGCAGCGACUGGUCGUGGAGAACCUGCAUCACGAACCACCCGACUGCACCCUGCACCGCGUCUCUGGAGUGGCCGUGCCGAUUCUGACCGAGCUAAAGAGAGUCCAUUGGGAACACUUCAGCUGCCGAGACGUCAUCCUGGUGGACAUCCGUUCAAAGGGUGUCGUCUUUCUAUGGCUCGGGUCUUUGUCAGAUCCUUUACAUAAACGCCACGCUGCCAGUCUCUUGGAGUCCCGGAAAGAGAACAACAACGGCCGUGUAGUAGUAAUCGAAGAUGGUUACGAGCAGACCCUGCCCAUCAACGACAGGGAGCUCUUCAGCAGCGUGCUCGAUCCCUCGGCAAGGGUAGUGGCGCCCGAUCGUCAGCACCGUGUCAACCCUCCGAACCCCAUCAGGCUGUACAAGUGUAGCGAGCAGUCGGGCAAGUACAAGGUCGCCGAACUCAAAUCUGGCCCAGUUCUGCGCGGUGAUCUGACUUCUGGUUCUGUGUACUUGGUUGACCGGGGCGAAGCCGGCGUCUGGGCCUGGGUGGGCCGCGAUGUUAACGCGCGAGAAAGAUUGGAAGCUGUGAGAAAUGCGCGGGGUUUCAUCAAAAAGAAGGAUUAUAGUGACGGCGUGCCGGUGGCCAGGACGACGGAAGGUCACGAACCAGCGGAGAUGAAGGCGUUGUUGAGAGGGUGGGAACUUUCAAAGAUGAGGCCGUUAACUUUGCCGGUGAGUUUCGAACCCGAUUACAUGAACGAGAGGCCCAGGAUGGCAGCUGAGUGUCAGCUGGUGGAUGACGGGUCAGGUGAACGAACCUUGUGGAGGGUUGAACUAAAAGAGGGCAUGGUCCAGGUGGAGGAAGAUAAGGGAAUCUAUUACGCGGAAACCUGCUAUGUGAUGAUGUACAAGUACGGACAGGGACGAAGAUGUCGAAGUAUUGUUUACUGCUGGGAAGGCGUCCACUCAGUCAAAAUGGAUCGAGAUGCUGCUUUAACAGUGGCUUGCCGUUUAUCUGAAGAGACAAAUGCGCAGUUGGUGAAGGCGGCCCAAGGCAGAGAACCACCUCAUCUCUUGCAGAUCUAUGAUGGGAAGCUCAAGAUACUCGCCGGACGUCACCGUAAUUCACCGCCAAAAAAAUAUUUGGUCAGAGUAUUCGGCUCGACGCCGUACACGUCAAAAGCUGUGGAACGCCCAUUACGAGCAAGUAGCUUGGACUCCAGCGCGGUGUUCAUCCUCUUCUCCGGCGCCCCAAUCGUCUGGUGCGGUGGCAAGAGCACUGGUGACGCGAGACAAACGUCGCGACGCCUUGCACCUAGAAAUGCGCCUCUUAUUACCGAGGGUAAAGAAGAUGACGACUUCUGGGCCGAACUUGGAGGAAGAGGCGUCUACAGUACAGAGACCGAAGAUAUCGGCGAAGAGCUAGACAAACAUCUAUUUCAAUGCCGCACCGAGAAUGGCCUCUUCGUAGGCGAGCAGAUCCUUGGAUUCCGACAGAACUCUUUGAUACCGGAAGCUGUCUGGCUGCUAGAUGCUGGCAGCGUGAUCUGGGUAUGGAUAGGCAAGUUCUCCAGCCCGAAGACACUGCAAGAGUGCGUUGAGGAUGCCAUUAUAUAUCUCUACACUCAUCCUGCAGGUCGAAAUCGCAACACGACCAUUUCCGUGAUCAGACAAGGUUUGGAGCCAGCUACAUUUAUCGGGUUGUUCGACAAUUGGAAUCAUAAUCUGCUAAGGGAUUACAAGCCGUUCGAAACCUUCUGCGCUCUGUUGGAGGAUAGAGAUCAAUUAUCAAAGACGCAAACGACCUCGAAGACUACCACAGAUUUUGACAAUUACAUCAAGUACCCACCGGCGAUGCUGAAAAGCGAACCGGAUAAUUUGCCGGCAGGUGUAGACGUUAGACGCAAAGAGAUGCACUUGACUUACGACAAUUUCAUCACAAUCUUCAAAAUGGAACCCGUGGAAUUUGAAAAAUUACCGACCUGGAAGAGACAACGCCUCAAGCAGGCUGCUGGACUCUUCUAAUAAUGUUCUUUUUUUUACU